AUGCGCACUGAGAAGUGGGAGGAUACCACCAAGAGGGUGUUCAAGGCAGUCCCGGAACCACCUUGCACCAUCCUGAAGAAGAGCAGCCACGAGGUCAAACUUGUCCUCAGUGCUCAGGUUGACUACGCUGAGUUCAGAUUGAACACGGUCGAGGUUCAACUGAAGCAGACUGAGCUCUUCCAGACAGAGAUAAGCACUUUCUGGAUGUCCAAUACAGGGAAUGUAGCCCUGAAAUACUGCUGGGAGGAGAAUCUGGAGGAGGAAAUACCAUCAAAGAGUUCUGGGAGACCAUUCUUGUCCACUCAGACACGUGAUUUCUUGUCCUCUGCUGCUGAGGAUCUCUGGGAAAGGAAUCGUGCAAGGCUGGUGCAGCAGGCAUCACCACUUGAGUCAACUCAGCCCCAGCCAACUCAGCCCCAGCCAAGUCUGCACCUUUCAAAGCAGCUGCGCCGCUCUUCGAAGGGCCUUAGCUCCUCCCCGGAACGGUCUCCAAUUCCCGUCAAGUACCCACCGCUGUUCUCCAUCGAGCCCUGCUGCGGUACCAUCCCUGUUGACCAGAGUCAGAUUUUCCGUGUGAAAUUCUUCCCGACGCGUGUGGGGGAAUUUAAGGCCGAAAUGCUGUGCAGAGUUCAUAACCUGAAGCCAUCUCAGAAGAGCCCACGGGUGUUGGUGAUGGGGAAAGGCUGUGAGCCGAAGGCUGAUCUGAAACGCUUUCCAUCACUGCAAAAAGGUGAAACCCAGAGCAGCAAACCCAAGAAGAAGGUGCAGCGGUCAGCAAAACUAGAGUGACACCAUUUGUGCCAUGGCUUCUCCUGCUCGUGGUUUCCCAGCCUUCAGCAGAGACCUCCCCAGCUACUCUUCGAGGCCCAAUACCCACCUCUACCUCAUCCGUGUACUACCUAAUAAACUGUGUCUCAACGCACGAGUUUUCUCACUGUUACUCUUCCAGUUCUCUCCCACCUCCCCGGGAGGGGAGUGAGCAGGUGUCUGUGUGGUGCUUGGUUGGGAGCUGGGGCUCAGCCAUCUCCAGGAAAGCAGCUGUGAUCAGACAUCACCCCCAUUGCUCCGCAGGCUGCUCUGCUCUCUUAGGAAUUCCCAUUCCUUGGCCUUUGUGUCAUGGGUGGGGUAGUGAAGUGUCCCUUUGGUCACACCAGGAACUCUGCACGACUAAUGUGGGAGCAGCACUGACUGUA